AAGCCCAGACGGCUCCGACGAGUUCCGCUUGUCCAACGUGCCAAGCGCCAUCAUGACUCCGUCAAGGAAGUCGGCUUGGGCCCUGCGCUUGGCCUGUGUGGGCACCUGCUUGGUGGUGCUCUUUGCAGAGGCCAGUGCGUUUCUUGCACCCUCAGCCCCAUCAAGCUCUGUGUCGACCAGACCAUUAGCAGGUACUCGUUAUGGACCUCUUCGACUUUACCAAGGACCUGCUUCUCGAGUGCCGCUGAAGGCUGAGGAGGCUGCAUCCACCGAGAAGGAGGAGAAGAAGUUCGAUUUCGUGCUCUUCGCCUACUUUGCGCUUUGGUACCUCGGGAACUACUACUACAACAUUACCAACAAGCGAGCAUUGCAAGCGGCUGGGGGGACGGCCGGCUUCCCCAUGACCAUCGCCACCAUGCAGUUGGGCGUCGGCUGCCUGUGGGCGCUUCUCCUUUGGGGUUAUCCCGACACUCGGAAGCUGCCGGAACUCACCUUCUCGGACUACAAGAAGACUUUAGCAGUCGGCGCAACCUCAGCAGGUGCGCAUGCCGCCUCGGUCUUUGCGCUGAAUGCCGGGGCGGUGUCCUUUGGGCAGAUCGUGAAGGCCGCAGAGCCAGCCUUUGCAGCGCUGCUGGGUGUGUUGUUCUACAACCAGAAGGUCAGCACAGGCAAGUGGCUUUGCCUGAUCCCAGUGAUUGGCGGCGUAGUGUUGGCCUCGUUGGGUGAAAUGAACUUCGCCUGGGCCGCCCUCAUCACGGCCGCCAUGGCCAAUGUCUUCGCCGCCAUUAAGGGUAAUGAGAACAAGAAGCUGAUGCAGACCGAAGGACUCAAGGACCGGAUGGGCGGUGUGGGGAACCAGUUUGCUAUCACAAUGCUGAACUCCUUCUUUUUCUGCCUCAUCAUUAUGCUUCUCACGGAGGGCAGUCGUUUCUCCAGCUUUUUGAAAGUGGCCUCGAAAUCUCCGGUGGUAGUGAUGAACCUCUUUGCCUCGGGGCUGUGGUUCUACGCUUACAACGAGUUGGCCACCUUCACCAUCAAGAAGACCAACGCCGUGACCUCCUCCGUAGCUAACACUGCCAAGCGAGUCAUUGUCAUCGUGGGAGUCGCCAUCGUCAUGCACGAGAGCCUGUCACCUUUGAAGCUGGCUGGAUGUGCUAUUGGCAUCGGCGGCGUCUUCUUGUACUCUAUCAUUGAUGAUCUCCUCAAGAAGUGAGUAGAAAAAGGGGCUUGUCAUGCACGUGGCCGUGGAAUUGCGGCAUGCAAUUCGCUGGAGCAAGUUUCUGUGGGGCAACUUGCAGCGAUUACAGUAUAUAUUGGAGCACAUAUCCAACUGAUUGAAGCUUUGAGCUCACUGCUUUGGCACCAUUAGAUUCG